ACAAUGGCUCUGACAAUUUGUACCAGAUUCACUGACGAAUAUCAGCUUUUUGAAGAGCUUGGAAAGGGAGCGUUCUCAGUGGUCAGACGAUGUGUCAAGAUAUCAUCUGGCCAAGAAUAUGCUGCCAAAAUUAUUAACACCAAGAAACUGUCUGCUAGAGAUCAUCAGAAGCUGGAAAGAGAGGCUAGAAUUUGUCGUCUCCUGAAGCAUCCCAACAUUGUGCGACUUCAUGACAGUAUAUCGGAGGAAGGCUUCCACUAUCUGGUUUUUGAUUUGGUUACAGGGGGAGAGUUGUUUGAGGACAUUGUAGCCAGGGAGUACUACAGUGAGGCUGAUGCCAGUCACUGCAUUCAACAGAUUUUGGAGAGUGUUCACCACUGCCAUGUUAAUGGUAUUGUUCACAGAGACCUGAAGCCAGAGAACUUGCUGUUGGCCAGUAAGAUGAAGGGGGCAGCAGUAAAGCUGGCUGACUUUGGACUGGCCAUUGAAGUGCAGGGUGACCAGCAGGCAUGGUUUGGUUUUGCAGGUACUCCUGGUUACCUGUCGCCGGAGGUGCUGAGGAAGGAUCCCUAUGGGAAGCCAGUAGACAUGUGGGCCUGUGGAGUAAUCCUGUACAUUCUCUUGGUUGGAUAUCCACCAUUUUGGGACGAGGACCAGCACCGGCUGUACCAACAGAUUAAAGCUGGGGCUUAUGACUUUCCGUCACCUGAGUGGGACACAGUGACUCCUGAAGCCAAAGACUUGAUCAACAAAAUGCUUACCAUCAACCCUUCUAAACGCAUUACAGCCGCUGAAGCCCUCAAACACCCAUGGAUCUGUCAACGCUCUACUGUUGCAUCAAUGAUGCAUAGACAGGAGACUGUGGAGUGUCUGAAGAAGUUUAAUGCAAGGAGAAAACUGAAGGGAGCGAUUUUGACGACUCUACUGGUCACAAGAAACUUCUCAGCAGCCAAGAGUUUGCUGAACAAGAAGCAAGAUGGCGUGAAGGUUAACAACAAAACCAACAUAACAAGCAGCCCUAAAGACACAGGCCCUGCCCCAGCACUGGAGCCACAAACAACAGUCAUUCACAAUCCUGCUGACAGGAACAAGGAGUCCACAGAAAGUGCCAACACCACUAUUGAAGAUGAGGAUGUGAAAGCUUGCCAAGUUAUGAAUAAAGCUCGUAAGCAGGAGAUCAUAAAGGUGACUGAGCUACUCAUUGAGUCCAUCAACAAUGGUGACUUUGAAGCCUACACAAAGAUCUGUGAUCCUGCUCUGACAUCCUUUGAACCAGAGGCACUGGGGAAUCUUGUGGAGGGCCAUGAUUUCCAUAGGUUCUAUUUUGAGAAUGCUCUGUCUAAAGGGAAUAAACCAGUCCAUACCAUCCUGCUGAACCCUCACGUACACCUGAUUGGUGAAGAUGCUGCCUGCAUUGCUUACAUUCGUCUGACCCAGUACAUGGAUGGGGGUGGCAUGCCCCGCACCACGCAGUCUGAGGAGACUCGUGUGUGGCAUCGACGAGAAGGCAAAUGGCAAAACAUCCACUUCCACCGCUCAGGUGCUCCCAGUCUUCCCAUUAAGUAA